AUGGCAACCAUCGAUUCCCAGGAUCUCAGAGAACGAUAUAUGUGCUUUCGAGUUCUGAUCUUAGGGAGAGCAAACGCAGGCAAAACAACCAUCCUUCAGAAGGUCUGCAACACCAUGGAGCACCCAGAAAUCUACGAUACCAAAGGAAAUAAGGUGCGAGUGAGGAUCUAUAUCAUGCACAGGAUAUCGUUUAUCAAUUACGCUCAGCAUGGAAAUCACGACAUCGAAAACGAAAUGGUGUUCAAAAGCAAUCCCGGUUUCAUCUUUCACGACUCGUGCGGUUUCGAAGUGGGCUCUGAAGAAGAAUUUGAGAACAUGAAGAAAUUGGAGGAGCGAAUUCACGCUAUCUGGUAA